AUGGCCCUGGUGCUGCUUAUUGCCGUGCCCCUGCUACUGCUGCAGGCUGCACCCCCCAGCUCGGCGCACUACGAGAUGAUGGGAACUUGCCGCAUGAUAUGUGACCCCUACAGCGGGGGACCCGGGGGAGGGCCCGGGAGUCCAGGAGGCAAAGCGGCCCCAGGUCCCAGCACAGCUGCCCUGGAAGUCAUGCAGGACCUCAGCGCCAAUCCUCCUCCCCCGUUCAUCCAGGGACCCAAAGGAGAGCCCGGCCGGCCGGGGAAACCUGGCCCUCGAGGUCCCCAGGGAGAGCCAGGACCCCCUGGACCGAGAGGGCCCCCGGGAGAGAAAGGAGACUCAGGAAAACCCGGGAUGCCUGGGCUGCAGCUGGCGGCAGGCGGGGCAGGCGGAGGCAGCGUCGGGGCCAUUGGUGGUGGAGUAGGAGGCGGCGGGGACGUCGGCGAGGUGACCGGGGCACUGAGCGCAGCGUUCAGCGGCCCCAAGAUAGCUUUCUACGUGGGCUUGAAGAGCCCCCACGAGGGUUAUGAAGUACUCAAGUUCGACGACGUGGUCACCAACCUGGGCAACCAUUACGACCCAACUACGGGCAAGUUCAGCUGCCAAGUGCGAGGCAUCUACUUCUUCACCUACCACAUCCUCAUGAGAGGAGGGGAUGGUACCAGCAUGUGGGCAGACCUCUGCAAGAACGGGCAGGUCCGUGCCAGCGCCAUCGCCCAAGACGCGGACCAGAACUACGACUACGCUAGCAACAGCGUGGUGCUGCACCUGGACUCCGGGGACGAGGUCUACGUGAAGCUGGACGGGGGGAAAGCGCACGGUGGCAACAACAAUAAGUACAGCACCUUCUCUGGCUUUCUUUUGUACCCCGAUUAG